UUUAGAAGUUGAUGCAGUAAUUGCACGCAUGCGUCUGGGCGCUUGAACGCAUGCAGAUGUCCUCGAUAAAUCAAUUUUUCGUUUCCCAAAUCCAGUUUAUCUCAUUGUUGUGUAUGAGGAGGUAUUCCUGCCACAUUGUGAUCGUCAUUUCGUGAUUCAGCCCGUCGCGAUGGAGUCCCGUUUGGGCCUGAUAGCUCUGCGCAGUCCCCUGGUGCGCAGCAUCACCCUGGCUUCGCGACCAAAUGCAGCCAGUGUGCUGGGGCGGCGGACGGUGUCGUACGAUACGAGCGUGAAUCCGCAGAGUUCUCUGGACAAGAGCUUCGAGAGCGACGGCGGCCGCUUCGACCCCGAGGCGGGUCCGCCUGGGCCCGUCCACCCCAAGAUCAAGCAGAUGCAGAAGUUCUAUCAGACGAACACGGGUAAGCCGCUGUGGCGUAAGACGCCGCUGGCUGAAUUCCUGUACCGGCUGACGUGGUUGGGAGUGAUUGGCGGGACUUGUUUCUCCCUCUACUUCUCCUGGACCCUCAUUAAUCCCAAGAAGAAGAAGACAUAAGGACGCCCCGUCCCUUGUCCAGUCACCAACAGCAUCCCCACAUGCGAUGGUUCGUUAGUUUCCGUUUCGGUCGACCGUUGGCUGUUCGAAGAAUGGAACUGCAGUUUUACCGAAAUAACCCUUAUUGCAGCCGCUGCAUUUGUAAAUGGUUCCGUGUUGGCUGUGUGAGAGCCGCUUGUGUGUGUUGUGUUCAGAAUAAAGUCAAAUGUCAUCAUGGAUUUUACUGAUUUUUAAUUGUAAUUCUUAUUGACCUGAAUGGUAUUACAGCCUGUAGGUGGCAAAUAAAUGCGUCAGAGAUGUGAUAAA